AUGGUGGAUUGGGCAAUACUCCCGAAGGAUCUCUUAGACCUAAUCUCUAAAUAUCUCGAAUCCUCCUUCGAUCUCAUCCAAUUCCGUUCCGUCUGWUCUUCAUGGCGAUCCGCCACCGACCCAAAGCGUCCACUCCCAGCGCAUCACCUCCCUAUCCUCCCCGAUAACGGAUUCAGCCUCUUCCCAGAUUCUGCCGUAGGUUUCCGCCUCUCACAACGGAGUAUAUUACUCAUCAAACCUCAUGAAUCGAACAUCGAAUCUGGAUGGCUUGUCAAGAUCGAAGAAGACCUUAAUCUUCCUCGUAAGAUGACUCUUCUUGAUCCCUUGAGUGAUCGAAGGCAUUCUCUUCCUGGACAUUUCCCUCGAUCCCUCGAUACAUCGAAAUUCAAGGUUCGAGAGUUGUGUCGUGAAUUCAAGCUUCGUUAUUUCAAUACAGUUGGUGAUAUUGUGGAUAGUUUGUAUUUGGAGAAAGCUGUUGUUAAGUACUUAGAUAGUGAUGCGGAGAGUACAUUUGUGUUGCUUACGAUUCAUGUUUCUGGGAAGUUAGCUGUGUUUAAGUCUUGUGACCGUUCUUGGACUGUGAUCAAUGACAUGCCUUCUCCUUAUGAUGAUGUGAUUCUGUUCGACGGAUGUUUAUUCGCCGUUGAUAACAAUGGGAGGACUGUGGUUGUAGAUUUAUCGACUUUGAGAUUGACAUUGGUUGCAAAUUCUGUGUUUGGUGGUGAUAAGAAGUUUUUGAUUGAAUCUUGCGGUGAAAUGUUGUUGGUCGAUAUGUAUUUGAGCAUGGAGGAGGUGGAUGGGGAUCCUGAUAUCACUGAGGAGAUCUUCGAGCAUCAUGCGUUUUUUGUGAAUGAGAGAACGGUCAAAUUUAAAGUUUUCAAAUUUGUGGAAAGAGAGAAGAGUUGGGUUAAGGUUAAGGAUCUUGGGGAUAAAAUGUUGUUCCUUGGUGAUGACUGUUCGUUUUCCGCUUCAGCGUCUGAUAUAUUACCCACCUGUGGGGGACGUUCCGUGUUCUUCAACGGUAAUGGCUUCAAUGAUGAUAACUUGGGCGCGAUGCAAGAUCGAGAUUUGGGAGUGUUUGAUUUCAGGACUGGGAAGAUAGAGGUGGUCCAUAAACUCCCUGAAUAUGCCAAGCUGUUUUGGCCUCCACCUCCUUGGAUUACUUCUCAGAAGGUCAGUGGUUUACCAUCCUCUCAGCACCCGAAACGCUGUUUGUCUAGGUUGAUUUGCAUCUUGUGGCUAUGGAAACUCUGUGACAUUAAUCUUUAUAUCAAUCAACAUUUCUCAUUUCUGCAAUAG